UCGAGGCGUGCGCCGCCGGCUAACGGGAGAGCAGCCACCGCCCAGCCCCGCCAGGCGCUGGGACCCUCCGGACGAGCCCCAUGGCGUUCACUGCCCUUCUGCUGCUGCUGGUGCUGGGCACAGCUACAUGUGCCGUGCCCAUGGAGACGACCGUGGAGAUGGAAACGGCCGAAACCACUGCCACGGAGACGACCACAGAGACCACCACCCGCACCUUGACCGCUGCUCCUCCUGUCUUCACCAAAAGCACGGGAGGCAGCAGGUCCCCACCCACUCUCUUCCCCCACGCCACCGUGUUCCCUGGCAAAAACACCACGGACUUCCAGUCCGGCAACCACUCCUUGGGCAAUGGCACCACAGUGCCCGUCCCCGGCAGCCCAGCCAUCUCCCACCCCAAUGCCACCUCAAACAGCAGCAGCUGGGCUCCCCACUUGGGCACCAACAGCAGCUCUGCUGCUCCCACCACUGUGGAUGGCGGCAACUCCAGCGCCAACCGGAGCACCAGCGCUCAGGUCCCUCCCACCCGGACAACCUCUGUGACAGCUGAGGGCAGCACGGCUCACAGGCAGACCCCCACUGGGGGCGGUCCCAACCCCAGCAAAGCCACAGCCCGGCUGCCCGCUGCCGUCCAGCUGCUCGCCCGCGUCCCGCUGUCCUUCCGCAUCAUCAACAGGAGCUUCAACGAGAGCCUGCGUGACCCCACGUCGGAGCAGUACCGGAGCCUGAGCCGCACUGUCCUGAGCAUGUUAGAACACGUGUUUGGCUGCGCGGGCUGCGCGGGCACACAGACCUACAUGGGGUGCAGUGAGCUGCGGUACAGCCAGGGCUCGGUGGAGGUGCAGUCCACCCUCGUGUUUGGGAAUGGCAGCGACACUGUCACCCCCAACGCUGCCGAGCAGCGCCUGAGGAAGAGCCUGGACCAGAAUGGCUUCGUCAUGGGCCUGCAGCUGGACAGCAUCCAGAGCUCCACAGAGGUGAUGUCCCCAGCACCGGUGCCCGUGGUCCCAGAGUGGGCCAUUGCUCUGCUGGUCCUGGUCAGCAUCCUGGUGCUGCUGAGCUUCUUCACCUGCCUCCUCCUGAUGUCCUCCUGCACUUGCCGCCGGAAAAGCCGAGGGAAGCUGGACCUGCUCAGCCAGAAGGAUUCCUACCACCCCAUGGCUGAGUACCUCCAGUACCAGAGCCACGGGCGCUACGUGUCCCCCAACAGCAAACCCAACCCCUACAGCCAGGUGGCCGGCAGCAGCACCACGAGGGCCGGCACCUUCACCUACACCAACCCUUCCGCCGGCUCCGACAACCUCUGAGGCACACGCUGGGACGGAGGGCGGCUGCCGAGGGGAGGGGGCAGCUGCAGCCCCCCACUCCCGGGGGAGCAGCACCGGCCCCGGGCACAUCCCCCGGUGCUGCUCGGCCCCUCGCCGCGGGCAGCGGGCGCUGGAUGGUUCUGGAGCAGCCGGAUUCGUGCAUAUGACAGAACUGGAUGAACGAAGAUU